GCUGAACCGGGCACUUUACGUAAGACAGAGGCGGGACCAGCUCCAUGGUGGUGGCGGCAGCACCAUGUCCUGGUAUCGCAACGUCGUGUGGUUCGUGAAGGGGCUGCGGGAGUACACGAGGAGUGGCUAUGAGUCUGCUUCCAAGAGCUUCGACCCAGCAGAUCUGGAGGUGGAUGUGGCUGGUAGAUCCUUUCUGAUCACUGGGUCCAACAGCGGCAUUGGCAAGGCUGCAGCCAAGGAGAUAGCACGGAGAGGUGGCACGGUUCACCUGGUUUGCCGCAAUAAGGAACGAGCUGAGGAAGCCAAAGGAGAAAUAGUGACAGAAACAGGCAAUCAGAAUAUCUUCUUGCAUAUCGUGGAUAUUUCUAACCCCAAAGAAGUCUGGAAGUUUGCUGAAAAGUUCAAAAAUGAGCAUAAAUUGAAUGUAUUGAUUAACAAUGCAGGGUGUAUGGUGAACAACAGAGAGUUGACUGAAGAUGGACUUGAGAAGAACUUUGCAACAAACACCUUGGGUACAUACGUUCUGACAACUGCCCUGCUGCCCCUCCUGGAAGAAGAAGCUGACGCCAGAGUGGUAACCGUCUCUUCUGGGGGCAUGUUAGUUCAAAAACUAAACAUAUCUGACCUGCAGUCAGGAAGUGGGGUGUUUGAUGGAACUAUGGUGUAUGCUCAGAACAAGAGACAGCAGGUCGUCUUGACGGAGCAAUGGGCAAAAACUCACAGAAGCAUCCAUUUCUCUGUUAUGCACCCGGGCUGGGCAGACACUCCAGCUGUGAGGUCGUCGAUGCCAGACUUCUAUCAGAAGAUGAAGAACAGCCUGCGCACAGAGGCGCAGGGAGCUGAUACAGUGCUGUGGUUGGCAGUAUCAUCUGAGGCUGUAAAGUUACCGAGUGGCCUCUUCUUCCAAGACAGGCAACCAGUCCCUACACACCUGCCCUUAGCAAGAACCCACAGCACACCAGGGGAUGAGGAGAAGCUAAUGGAGCUGCUGGAAGAAUUCUCCCAGAAGUUUAAAUCCACUUCUGCAGUAUCCUCUCAGUGCUGCUGAAUAUCAUGGAGCAGAUGCUCCUGGAAGCUAUGCUAAGGUACAUGGAGGAGGAGAUAUGGGAUAACCAGCAUGGCUUCACCAAGGGCAGGUCCUGCCUGACCAACCUUGUUGCUUUUUAUGAUGGUGUAACUGCAUCAGUAGACAAGGAAAGAGCCACUGAUGUCAUCUAUCUGGACUUCAGUAAAAGGCCACAGUCCCUCAUAACAGCUUUCUCUCCAAAUUGGAAAGAGACAGAUUCCCCCAUAGCAUUCUUCUCUCCAAAGUGAAAGGUAUGGAUUGGAUGGGGGGGCAGUUCAAUGGAUGAGGAACUGGGAUUGUACCCAGAGAAUGGUGACCAAUGCCUCAGUGUCCAGAUGGAGAUCAGUGAGAAGUGGUGUCCCUCAGGGGUCAGUACUAGGACUGGUACUCUUUAAUAUCUUCAUUAAUCAACAGUAGGAUCAAGUGCACCCUCAGCAAGUUUGCAGAUUUCGCCAAGCUGCAUGAUGCAGUUGAUACAUCUGGGGAACAGGAUGCCAUUGAGAGAGACCUAGACAGGCUUGAGCAGUGGGCCCAGGAGAACCUCAUGAGGUUCAAUAAACCCAAAUGCAAGGUCUUGCACCUGGGUUGUGGUAACCUCUGCUGUCAGUGCAAACUGGGGGAUGUAAGGAUGGAGCACUACCGCAAGGGACCUGAGGGUGGAUGGGAAGGUGGCCAUGAACCAGCAGCGGGCCCUCACAGCCCAGCAAAUCAACCAUAUCCUGGGCUGCUUCCAAAGCAGAGUGGCCAGCAGGAUGAGGGAUGAUCCUGUCUCUAUGUUCUGCGCUGAGGCCUCACCUGGAGUACUGCAUCCAGAUGUGGAGUCCUCAGCACAGGAGAGACAUGGAGCUGUUGGAGUGUGUCCGUCCAGGGGAGGGCCACACAAAUGAUCCAUGGGAUGGAACCCUUUAAUGCUUGAAGUUUCAAAUGAUAUUUUAACACUGCGUUUGAUAGGGUGCUUCCUUCGGUGUAUGAAGAUGACUGGACUCAAAUGCAUUACUGGGAAUGCAGAAAUGCUUGCAUCGCUUGCUUAGUUUAAAUGGAAGGAUUCUUCACAGCCUUCGGUUUCUAUAAAUCAGUGUUGGUAUGCAGAAAUGAUCUGCUUCCUCAUGUUUAAACAGCAAGAAUUUAGGAACGCUGCCAAAUGCUUUCCACAUUACUUUAUGGAGCCAGGACUGAAUAUUAUCCUGUUUAUGUCAAGACACUGUGAAGUAGGAGGCUUUAACACAUUCCACACCCAGACAUGGUUGGAUCCCUUCCCCUUCAGGAAGCAGAGAAAUGACUCUAGGCAGGAAAACAAAUAGCAGACUAAGCCAUACGUGCUCGCCAUUUCUGUGAAAGGUUGGGGAAUUGCUUCAUCAUUAUGAAUGGAAUACGAAGGGAGAGGGAAAAUGGUGAGGCAUGGGUUUUAGAAGAGAACUCCAUCUCCUGAUAAGAGAGUUGUAUUUUGCCUGGAAUUGUUUUAUUUGCAGACACGGGGUGGAAUUUGUCUUACCUGAUCUGCAGAAUUAUUCAUUGGAAUUCUCGCUCUACAUCAGUAGAGAGAAAACAGGCUCCUUCACAGUGAUUUAAUGGAUCUAGUUUAAGAAACCCUCACAUUUAUGUGUCUUUCUAACGACUGUGAAGACAACCAGCUCAUACAAAGACAUUCAAGUGGGAUUAUCUUUAUCUUUUAUAUUACAACUGUACCGCAAAGCCAAGAUUGUUAACAGCAGUCGUGGUGAUGUGUUUUUCUCCUGAGCCAACUGUGCUUGCUGGCAAACUGCAUCCAACCCCCCCCCAGAAUUACACUGCUGUUUCUACACAUUGCUAUGGAUCAGUGUGGUAUGUCAAAAGAACUAGAAAUAUGAAUAUCACAGUUGUUCUUUGGAGCUCUCUACAAUGACUGUAGCUAAAGACUGUGCUGAAGGGCAAGGAACACAUUAUGUUCCCUUAAUUCAGUUUCCCAAAAGAUUUGGUGGAACACAGUCAUGGGUCAGACAUUUCCGUUUUCAAUUCAGUCAAUUACUGUAUCUUUGGAAUGACAGAGCAUUUUUUGAAGACAAUUGUAGCAUGACAGGAUGGAGUCCUGUCAUCCUACAUCCCUGGAGGCGCACAAAACCAGGCUGGAUGGAUGGGGCCCUGGGCAGCCUGAGCUGCUGGGUGGCGCUGCCCAUGGCAGGGGGUUGGAACUGAGUGGGCUUUGAGGUCCCUUCCAACCCAAGCCAUUCCGUGAUUCUGUGAACUACAGCUACUGAAAGCAGAAGCCUGACUGAAAGGCUUAAGUAGCAACUGCAUUUCUCAGUCUAGUAGCUGCAGAGCUAAUAAAAACAAUAUAUACUUGAGUGUUGAAGUCAAGUUGCUUCACAGCUCUGCAGGAGAAAAGUUUAAUGACUUAAUGAUACUUAAAUAGCUCAUAAAAUAACCCAAAAUGCUCUUUAACAUAUACUAAAUGCACAUUCUUUACUAAUUUAUUAAUAUAUCCUAUAUUUUUCAUUUUAAUCGCAGCUUACGGUGGAAAUAAAGCUGUAAAAUUUCUUUAA